UGGAGCAAGCAGUUUCAGUUUCAACCCUCGCUUGUGCGCCUCAUUCAUUCGCUCUCUCACUCGCUCGCUCACACGCAUUUAAUUCAUAUGUGUUUUUGUAUUGCGUUGCCUUUGGCUAAAUGUUGCAGUGUGUGCAAAUGGUAGCGGCGGAGUAACUGGUUGCCCGUUUGGCAGGCUUAAGCGAUUGCUUGGUUGGUUGAUGGACGCGAUGACUGGGGGCUUCGACGGUGCUUGGCAAAGUUGAUUCAGUUUCAAAUGAGUAUCCGUCGUGUAACAACGCAGAAUCGGUGACAACGUGCAAUGACACACACAUAGAUAUACAACAAAUCGGAGUUUCAAAGGCUAGAUGGUUGUGAGCGAAAGAAAAAAAAACCAAGUGAUUUUAAUUAUAUUAUUAACAAAAAACAAAGAAACUAAAUAAUUGUAAUACGCACAUACACACGUAUACAUACAUAUAACUAUGUGCAUAUGCAUAUGAAUGCAAGUUGUUGUUAGUGGGAAACGAAUAAAAACUUACAUAAAGAAGUCGUAUAUGUAAGCCUUGGACCCCUGUUCGUGUAGUAUAAAAACCCUAUUAUCAUAACAAGUUUUGCAAAAUAUUCAAGGCCUCGCACGUGUGAGAAUAUUUUAAUGGAACUGCUAGUUCAAAAACGCACUAAUCAACUCAGUGACUCUAAAUUUGUAUAAACGUUUUCUGUGCAAAUUUUAUUUUCGUCUUAUUCGCCAGCAAUUCUCUGGCUGCUCUACCGUCGGCAACAAAAUGAGUCUACCCAGCGGCGUGGAUAUGCAAAAUUUAAUGUCUCAACAUCCAGUUUUAGGCGCACUGCCGCCCGCCUUUUUUCUACGUGCCGCUUCUGAGCGUUAUCAGCGAACACCAAAAUGUGCGCGUUGUCGCAAUCAUGGAGUGGUUAGCGCACUUAAAGGACAUAAGCGUUAUUGCCGUUGGCGAGAUUGCGUUUGUGCGAAAUGCACAUUGAUUGCGGAGCGACAACGCGUUAUGGCCGCACAGGUACGCAUUAAGGUCGAUUCACAACUAACAGCACGGAACGAUGCGUUACAAUACUUUAGAAACUGCUAUCAAGUCGCACUGCGUCGCCAACAAGCACAGGAGGAGAAUGAAGCUCGCGAAUUGGGUCUACUCUACACCAAUGUACCGCCUGGGCAGCAGAAUGGCGUCGAAGGUGGCGGUGGCGGCGGUGUCGGCGUCCCACCAAAUCCACACAGCCCCCCGCCACCGUUGACAAAUGCCUCCGGCGCCUUUCAUACCGGCAUUCCCUCCCCGCCCAGCGAUGGCUUGGACACCAGUAACGGUCAACGUAUGCAGUACAAUGGCAAUGAAUCCGAUACAGAUGUGCGAAUGCGUUCUUCAGAACGUCUUUCGAUGGGCUAUUCGCCGGAUCGCAGCACCGAAGUGGAGAGUCCAG